CCGAGUUGUUGGCUUUUACAGAGAUCCCGUAGACAGCUUCUCUCGCCCCGUAAAUACUGCAGAGAGCUGGGCGGCCUACCAUUUCGAGAUGCAUGCUCGGAAAUGGGCAUACUGUCACAAUCCUUACAAAGUUCAUCGCAAUCACGAAUAGUUAUGUGA